AAAGCGGAGGCUCGAGACACUCGGCAUCAUCUACAACAUGGCCGACUACCAGCCAACACAAGCACUGUCAGUCGAGGGGAACAGCAGCAACAUGGAGAGCUUCGAUUUCUCCUCCGCUAGUCUCCCAGCGGAUAGCACCCAAGAUGGUCAGAUCGACGAUGGGUCUGAUCAAGGCAGCGUAACAAGUGACCUGAGCACGCAGGACUAUACCGUCAGCCUCAAGGAUGAUCUACGCAAGGCUCUCGAUAACGUCAAAGUCGCCGGUUCAUUCGCUUCUUUCCGCAAGCUAUCACGUACACCUCCUGACGGUCUUUACGUCGACGGAGUUGGCGACGUCGCCAUGCCUCUUAGCGAGACUCAAGCCCGCCAGUUGAUUGCAAAAGCCCGUCAGGCUCCCUAUGGCAGGGGAAGCGAGACCAUCGUUGACACGAGCGUCCGAAAUACCUGGGAAAUCGAUGCAGCCCAGUUCAGCUUCAACAACCAAAGGUGGCCAGGCUACGUCCGGCAUCUGUGUUCCCAUGUUGCCGCCGACCUAGGCAUCAAGUCACCAAUUCGGGCAGAGAUAUACAAGAUGCUCAUCUAUGAGCGUGGCGCCAUGUUCAAAAGCCAUACCGAUACCGAGAAAAUCCCCGGCCAGUUCGGCACCCUCGUCAUCGCCCUACCCUCUGCCCACACAGGCGGAGACGUGGUGGUCAAGCAUUGUGGCGAGCAAAAAACAUUCAAGACCUCGAAACAUGAGCAAUCCUUCAUCUGCUGGUACUCUGAUGUACACCACAAGGUGUGUCCUGUCGAGUCCGGGUAUAGAUGGGUAUUGACCUACAACCUCGCUCUUGAUCCCAAUGCCGUUCGCCCUUCAGCCGGUCUUGUACGCUCCGAGACCAAGGCUCUCCGACACAUCCUGCUCAAAUGGCUCCAGGAACCCGCAGAGUCGCGCCAGAAGGGUCUCUACUACGUCCUGGACCACCACUACACUGAAGCAAGCAUCAAGUUGAAUAGCCUACAGACGCGUGACCUGGCAGUCGGUCAAGUCUUGAACAAUUUGUCCAAGGAUCUCGAGUUCGAAGUCUUCUUUGCUCUUCUGGAAAAGGAAGAGGUUGGAGACCCUGAGCCGGAGGCAGAACAUCUUGAAUUUUGUGGUGUGUGUCGUAAGAACGGUAAAAAGGACGGUGAGGCGCGAUGCACCCAUUCUAUACAAGACACCAUAGAUCUCGAUUACAGGGUCAUAACGGUUCGAGAUAUGUUCGGUAAGCCGGUUGUCAACGGUCUACCACUUGAUGCUGAAGAGGACAUACUCCAAUACGACAUGGGAUUGUUUUCUGAUAAUGAGCCUGAGGAGGAGGAGUACCAGGGCGUCAUGGGCAACUCAGGUCCGACAGUGACACAUUGGUACCGUUUAACCGCUGCGAUGGAUCUCGCCAAACGCUCUACGACCACAGGCGAUGCUCGCUCGGAUAGUUGGCCCAAAAAUCCACUGAUUGAUGGGAACGACCUCAUGAGUGUUCUCAAGGUUGCAAUUGAGCUGGGAGAUUAUGAUUCCUUUGCUGAGGCCUGCUUGGAUCAAAACGCCGUAAUCCCGACCUCUUUUUUCACAUGGACCAAGCAGUGGCUCAAGCGGUCAAACACGGAUUCGUGCUUCCAGAACAUUGAACUAGGGCUGAGUUGCGUUGUCGAUUCAUACCCUGAUAUGUCUGACAGGUUAGCAGCCCUUACGAACUUGAUCCCGAAGCCCGAAGACGCGGGCUGGUCCGCCAGUCUACGUGACGAAAUAUCAACAUGGGUACACGACAAGCUCGAGGAAUGCCUCGGCGACUUGUUAAUGAAGAAGAAAGUAGGUGAUGGCGACGGGAAAACCAUAAUCGAAAUGGUACGCUUCCUCUCCACCAGCUUAGUUCCAUUGUUGGAUCCAGAGCGUCAAUCAAUUGUUUCUUUCAUCACCUUGUUGGCGCGGUUGUGGAAGGAAGUCUCAGCCGACGUCGUUCCUCGUGACGAUGGUCUCGCCAUUUACAGGACUAUAGCCAAGCAAUUCCUUGCCUCAGCAGACUUUUCCAUACUUCGACCGAAAGGUGAGACUAAGUCUGAGCAUGGAAACAAGCGGCAACGGACCAGCUACGACGGUAGCAAAAACCGUCCCCCGAAUGAACAAGUCCUAAGGACAGUCGCAUUCAAUACACUAGUCAAGUUCUUCGAAACACUCGUCAAGAUCAGCACCCCAGAUGACGACUUGGCCACACAAUUCAUAACCAAGCUAAACGACGCUGUCCCCCGUCUACCCGUCGAUAACAUGCACGACCUCUGGCUUCCCUUUCUCUGGUGUCUCAUCCCCAUCUUCACCGCCAACGCGAUCCCUCUCACCACUCCCGUGUACCAAUCCCUCUACCGCAACACACUCACUCGCUACAUCAAAGAGUACGUUGGAGUUCAACCCGCGCCUUCAAACUCGCUUGUCCGCCCGCAAGUCAACUGCCCCCGCUUCCACUGUCCCGACUGCAAUGCCCUCAACUUCUUUCUACAAGAUCCCACUGAGCAGGUCGAACGCUUCGAUAUCGGCAAAAAAGCCCGACGCCACCUGCACGAGAUGCUCGAUGAACACGGGAUUGACUGUACGCACGUGUCUGAGCGCGGCACGACCCCGAACACGCUGGUGGUGACCAAGACAUUUACGCAGGAGGAGCAGCCGAUGAAGGAGUGGAAGGAGAGAAAGGCCUAUGCGCAGAGUAGGCUAGGCAUCUUUGGGACGUACUCGCAGGCGAUGCCGGAGUUGAGGGUCUUGCUGGGAGAGCAGUUUGAUAGGAUCAUGAACAUGGAGGAUGCCUAUCCAAACUAUGCGGCAGCCAGACGCACGGCAGCGGUACCGAGACCUUUGGCGUCUGCAUCGGGACUUGUCAUAGGCAGAUCUAGAGUGGAUGCUUCUGGGUCGAGUCGCUUCACGACCGCUCCUGUGGCAGGAGUGAAGAGGUCUCGGAGCGUUAGCCUCGAGGACGGAGUGGAGACUGCUGACUUGACAGAAGAUUGAUCGAAUAUGUAGGUGAUUUGGUAUAGCUGGCGAGUGUUUGGUAUAUGAUAUGCUGGCAUGCUGUUUUGUUUUGGAUAAGGAUGGGAUCAGGGCAUAUGAUGUAUACUUUUUUCGUAGGAGGCUGAGUGGGUACAGGUGAAUGAACACACGGACACUGCUGAGGACUUGUAUGGUACGUUCCACUUGGAUUAGGCUAUCAUAACGAAGAAACUUAGCUGCUCGUUAGCCAAUACUGCAAGUUCUCGUUCAUAAACGAUGUACCACAAU